GCGCUAGGGGGCGGUACUGCAACUCCUCGUACACAGUUUACGGGUCGAAGGUCAGAGUUUAACCAAACCUGCAGCGCUCGCCGUACGUUAGCCGACAAUGGCUAAACAUCAUCCAGAUUUGAUCUUUUGCAGAAAACAAGCCGGUGUUGCUAUCGGGAGACUUUGCGAGAAAUGUGAUGGGAAAUGUGUCAUCUGUGAUUCCUACGUGAGGCCGUGCACGCUGGUCCGGAUCUGUGAUGAGUGCAACUACGGCUCCUACCAGGGACGCUGUGUGAUCUGCGGAGGGCCCGGAGUAUCUGAUGCCUACUACUGCAAAGAGUGCACCAUCCAGGAGAAAGACCGAGACGGCUGUCCGAAGAUUGUAAACUUGGGCAGCUCUAAAACCGACCUGUUUUAUGAAAGGAAGAAGUACGGUUUCAAGAAGAGGUGAAGACUCAACAGCCCACUUCUUGUUUUAGUUCUUCAGCCUUUGCAGAUUUUCUUUCAAACCUCAAGAAACUUUUUUUUUUUUUUUUUGGAUUUGUCAAUAAAACUCUGUUUUAUA